AUGGCAGCCAAAGAUGAUUUGCCCACGUUUGUCUCCUUUACCAAGAAAUGGCACUCAGAGCCCGCGCCAUCAAUCUCCCCAUUGCGCCCCGAACUCUCAGCGAAGGGGAGGAACGUCAUCGUCACAGGAGGCGGAACUGGGAUCGGCAAAGCAAUCGCCACAGCAUUCGGUCUAGCGGGUGCUCAAUCCGUGACAAUACUCGGCCGCAGAGUGGACAAAUUGAAGGAGACCGCCGACGAAAUCACCACCCAGGUACAGCAGGGCACCCGGAUCCUAUAUAAGCAAGUUGAUCUACAGCAACGCGUACAAAUCGACUCAGCUCUCGAAUCCGUUGCGAAUGAGUUCGGCGAGAUCGACGUCUUUGUCUCCAACGCGGGCUAUAUGCCGCCGAUAGCCGGUCUUGCCGACUACGACGUCGAAGACUUCAUGAAGGGCUUCGACCUUAACGUGCGCACUGCGUUCAAUGCGAUUCAAGCGUUCAUCAAGGUGGCGGCUGCCGAGGCCGUGCUGAUCAGCAUCUCGACGGCCAUGGCCCAUUUUGCGCCCGCUCCAAAUACAAGUGCUUACGCGGUGUCGAAGGCUGCGAACCUAAAGAUGGUGGAUUCUUUCGCAAAGGAGUUCCCGCAGUUGCAUGUAGUCAGCAUCCAGCCUUGUUGGACGCCCACUGAGCUCAACGGCCAUCAGGACGAGGCACCUGAUAAAGUCGAACUCCCAGGCCAUUUCUGCGUUUGGCUCGCGUCUCCUGAAGCCAAGUUUCUCAAGAAUAAGUUCGUAUGGGCCAAUUGGGACGUGGACGAGCUCAAGGAACGGGCUGAUGAGAUCAAAAAUAACAAGUCGACAGGCAAUGGUGACCAGCGAGAAGAGCACAGUUUUCAGGCGGGGACGAAGUGGAAACGAACCGAUCGCAAUGGGACCAAGCCGCCCACUACGGGUGCAUCACCGCCUCGAAAUGGUGGCACAGCAAGGAGGAUCUGGUCGAUGGACAUCCAGCGCGACGGCGACUUCAACGAACUGUAUUCGUUCACGUCACUCGAUGCCGCGAUCGAGAUCCCCCAGGACGACAACCCGUCUCUGCCUCCCCUGCACGAGACACUUCCGAUGGUGGAAGCGUAUUUCUCCAAUGUCAACAGUGCGAUGCCGCUGUUCCACGAGGGCAAAUUCAUGAACAUGCUGCUGGGAUGGUAUUCGGAGGGCAAGGUGCGGCAGAAGAGCUCGACCUGGGCGGCGAUCAACGUCGUGCUGGCGCUGUCGCUGUGGCAUGAUGUGUCAAAGAAGACGCCCGACGACGACGCCCUGAUGUGUCGCUGUAUCAAAGAUGCGCAGACGGCCCUGAACGUCUCGACCCUGAAAGAACAUACGCUCCUGGACCUGCAGAUCGUGCUUGGGCUGGCGAUGCUGUUCCAGGCGGGUCCAAAUCCCCGGCCGACCAGUAUGCUGGUGGCCAUGGCCGUGCGGAUGGCGCACCGGUUGAGACUGCACACGAAGAACCGAAUGACGACUUUCGACGCCAGUGAGAGCUGGGAGCGAGAUCGAGUGUUCUGGAUCGUGUUCGUGCUCGAUAGGGAUAUCAGCUUGCGUCUCCGCGAUCCUUACCACCAGCAGGAGCACGACAUGGACGUCGACCUCCCCGAAUUCAAGUCCAUCGACGAAAACGGCGGGAUCGUCCUCGGCAACGACGGCAACACGUGGCUCAACUUCCUGCUCUGCCGCAUCGAUCUCGCACGCAUCCAGGCCAAAGUGUACGACGCGAUCUUCUCGGUACAGGGCGAGAAAAUGGGAGAUCUACAGAGACAGGCCGUGCGGGCGGAGCUGACUGCCAUGCUGCGUGAAUGGAAGGAGUCGAUCCCGCCGCAGUUUCAGCCCGAGGCGCUUUCGAGUCAUGUGUUUGCUGCAUCUGUGCGAUUUUUGGCCCUGCUCCAUUUCAGCUACUUCCACUGUCUUUAUCUUGUCUGUGGUAUCUUCUGCCAUGAUUCGGUCUGGAUCAGGCGGUUGACGUCGUACAGCGAUCGAUAUGCCAUUGAGAGCAGUCAAUCCAGUCCCGCUAGUGAUAUCGCGAGUCCUCUCUCAUCGAAUUGGCUGGAGAACAUCGAGGCCUCUCGGGCGUGUAUGCGGCUAUUUCACGUCGUAGAUCACAAGGAUCUAGCUCUUGUUGGGUAUGGAACCCCCAUCAUUCCUGUACAUGAAGAUCAGGGCGCUAACAAGAUUCGCAGAAACAUGUCAUGCACGUACAUGUCGGCAAUGGUCAUUCUCGUUGCCAACAAGCUCACGACCGCGGAGCAUAGCUUCAGCGACCAAGUCGAGACAGACGAUCUAUUAAUCGACGAAGGUCUCGACUUCAUCGAUCAACUGGCGCGAACUCUCGACGAUGACAGACUCCGAAGGCUCUGUGCGGGAUGUCACGAGCUCAACGCCCGCGCGACAAACGCGGUGAUGAGCACCAGAUUCGGGGGCACAUGGAAAUCCAAAGCGAGCUUGCGCCCCUGGCCUUCACUGGAGGAGUACUAUAACACGACGGCGGAACGAGCGGGACCCAAGGAGAAAGUGAACAGGUCAGAGGAGAUUCCAGAUGCGUUUAUUGUACCCGGCUGGGGCUUCGACGGUCGGCUCUGGGAAAGCACUGCAACUUCCUGGCCGUCUCGACAUGCCAAACUUGAUGAUUUGGGCAUUAUAGAGUUGGUACAAUCUUCAAAGACGUGUUCUGUGCCACAUUAUUUGGGAUUGAUUCCUUGA